GGUGCCUUUCACUGCAUCCUCAUUAGUAUUAUACACUAGAAAAUGUUACUAGUUCUGUUUUCUCUUUAAAUCAUUCUUUAUAUUUUAUAAGAUAAAUUCUCAUCAUUAGAAAACACUUAAAGAGCUGGAAAUCUUCACCUUGAGUAAUCUGCAGGGCUGUGGAAGAUGUGGCUGUUGUUUUUGUGUGCGUUAUGCUUUGUGCUGGUUGUGGGAGCAGCUCUCUUCAUCCGAAAGACACUUUUGAAAGACAGUAUUUUCUCUGAGGAUAGUUUGAGGCCUCCGGCUCCUCUGGUGACUGAUGAAAAGCAGCGAGAUGCAGUGCUGAAGAAAGGUUUCCGUAGAGACCACAUCCCUGCGGAUCUGGAUGCUGUGGUCAUCGGCAGUGGACUCGGAGGCCUGUCGGCAGCCGCAGUGUUGGCUAAAGCUGGAAAAAGAGUGCUGGUGCUGGAGCAGCACGACCAGGCCGGAGGAUGCUGCCACACCUUCCAAAACCAAGGCUUCGAGUUUGACGUGGGUAUCCACUACGUGGGUCAGCUGCAUGAGAACAGCCUGCUGCGGGUGGCCUUGGAGCAGAUCACUGAGGGUCAGCUGCAGUUCGUCCGGCUGGAGGAGCAGUUUGACACAGUGCUGCUGGGUCGGGGGUCAGAGCGCAGGGCCUUCCACAUCCAUGCUGGCAAAGAGGAGAUGAGAGAAAGUCUGAGGAGACAGUUCCCCAACGACACGCUUGCUGUGGAUCAGCUGAUGAGGCUGAUGAAGGAAGCAGCUCGACACACUCCCCUGCUGGCCUGUCUGAAGAUGAUGCCGCUGUGGCUGGUGAGGUUCCUGAUGAGGACGAAGCUGCUGGGUCGGAUCUCCUGUGUGUUUGGCCUCGCCUCCUCCAGCCACUCUCACCUGAUGGCCAAACUGACGCAGAACAAAGAUCUGACCGCUCUCUCCUCGUACUUCUUCUAUGGUGCGCCCCCUAGAGACUCUAGUUUCCUCAUUAACGCUCUGUUCCUGCACCACUAUAAGAGGGGGGCGUAUUACCCCCGUGGGGGGGCGAGUGAAUUCGCCUUCCACAUCAUCCCGGUCAUCCAGAAGGCAGGGGGUGCUGUUCUGGUUCGAGCGCCAGUUCAGCGAGUCCUGGUCAAUAAAGAGGGCACCACAUAUGGUGUGACUGUGAGGAAGGGUCAGGAGGAAGUGGAGGUGAUAGCUCCAGUGGUCAUCUCCGAUGCCGGCAUCUUCAACACUUUCCAAAAGUUUUUGCCUGAAGAGAUUCAAAUCAAACCAGAGAUUCAGUCUUUGCUGGGUUUGGUUCGGCAUGGCAUGGGCUCCUUCCUGGUGUUCGUGGGUCUGGAUGGAAGUAAAGAAGAACUUGGCAUCGUUUCCACCAACUUCUGGAUGUACAAGCACAACGACUUAGACCAGCUGAUGGAGCACUACAGUUCUCUGAGCCGUGAAGAGGUGGUUGGGAAUAUUCCCAUGGUGUUCCUUACAUUCCCUUCAGCUAAAGAUCCAACAUCCAGCAUCCGUCAGCCAGGGAAGUCCUGCAUGACCCUGCUGACCAUGGCCAAAUAUGAGUGGUUUGAGGAGUGGAAGAACACAAAGCUGAAUAAAAGAGGACCUGAGUAUGAGGAUCUGAAGAUGAGCAUGGCCAGAGAGCUGCUGGACUGGGCUUUAGAAAUCUUCCCUCAGCUCCGUGACAAAAUUGUGUUUAUGGACGCUGCUACACCGCUGUCUAACAUGCACUAUCUCGGGGCCUCGUGUGGGGAGAUGUACGGGGCGGAGCAUAACGUGGCUCGCUUUAGUCCAGACGUAGUGGCCAAAAUCCGGCCGCAAACACCAGUGAAGGGACUUUAUCUCACAGGUCAGGACGUGUUCUGUAACAGAAUGGCUGGAGCUCUGCACGGAGGCCUGCUCUGCGCCUCUGCCCUUCUCAGCCCUAAGAUCUACAUCGACUUGCUGCAGCUGAAAAAGAAGCUCAAGAGGAAGACGGCCAGGAAGAAGGCGUAACCUCUACCCUUACCUGUACCUGACUCCAGACAAAGAACUCAACCCUCAGUUCUUAUGUCAGUUAUCAGUUUUCUUCAGACGCUGUAGAAACGGAUGAGUAUGUUAUGAUGCCCCCAUUAAAAUCAAGUAGUUUUAAAGGCUGCCAGUCAAUUAAAAAAUAUGAAUGGAAUAUAUUGUAAUAUAUGUUUGAAGUAUUCUAUUUGGGAGGAAACUUUGUGAGGGAGAAACUCUGGUUACAAAUCAACAUAUAGCCAUGUGUAAAAGUUUGUGCACCCCAAUUAAACAUGUUUUCUUGA